UCGAUAGGUUUUUGUCGAAUCACUACGUUUACCAACACACUGAGGAUAGAAAAGAAGAGGAGAAAGAGAAAAAAAUAUAAUUUCGUGGAUUUUAACUUAACGCUGUUCAUAAAAACGUUUAUAAAUCACUAAAAACUGUUCAAUUCGCAAAGUGAACGUCGGGAAAACAAAAAGAGAAGUGAAAAAAACUGAAAAACAACCAAGUUAGAACAACUUUAACUGUUUAGCUUGAAAGGGAGCUACGGAUUGUUAAGCUGGUGGCUAUAUGUCCAGGCAGCGUUCAGCGACCAAAGCCGUGCAAUUCAAGCACGAGUCUGCCGAGGAGGAGGACGACGAGCAGGAGGAACACGACCAGGAGCGCAUAAGUCCACGUCGCGGCAUGCAUUCGUAUGGGGAUCAUGGAACCAUUGGCAGCGGAGUGCCGGCCUUCCUGGCCAAGCUCUGGCGGCUGGUGGACGAUGGUGAUACGAAUCACCUAAUUUGCUGGACCAAGGAUGGAAACAGCUUUGUCAUCCAAAAUCAGGCGCAGUUUGCAAGGGAACUGUUGCCGCUCAACUACAAGCACAAUAACAUGGCCAGUUUCAUUCGCCAGUUGAAUAUGUAUGGUUUCCACAAGAUCACGUCCAUUGACAACGGCGGUCUGCGUUUCGAUCGCGACGAAAUCGAGUUUUCACAUCCGUUCUUUAAGCGCAACUCCCCCUUCCUCUUGGACCAAAUCAAACGCAAGAUCUCCAACAACAAGAACGUGGAGGAGAAGUCGGCUUUGAAACAGGAAGCCGUGUCAAAGAUCCUUAACGAUGUGAAGGUGAUGCGAGGUCGCCAGGACAAUCUGGACUCGCGCUUCUCCGCCAUGAAGCAGGAGAACGAGGUGUUGUGGCGGGAGAUUGCCAGCCUGCGCCAAAAGCACGCCAAACAACAGCAGAUUGUCAACAAGCUGAUCCAGUUCCUGAUCUCCAUUGUCCAGCCGUCGCGCAACAUGUCUGGUGUUAAGCGUCACAUGCAGCUCAUGAUUAACGACACGCCGGAGAACGAUCGCGCCCGCACCACCAGUGAAACUGAGAGCGAGGGCGGCGGCGGCCCCGUCAUCCAUGAACUGAGCGAGGAGCUGCUGGAGGAGGUGAUGAAUCCCUCACCGGCUCCAUACGCCAAUGCGUCGCAGUACGACCAGGAAAGUGUGUCGCCGAUGGCCGUUGAGCGUCCUCGUUCCAACGUUAGCAUGAGCUCGCACCAUGUCGAUUAUUCCAAUCAAAGUGUAGAGGACUUGCUCCUCCCGGGCAAUGGAAUCUCAGACGGAAACUUGCUGCUGGGCGAAGCUGCCUCCCCGAUGGCCUCUAGUGUGAGCCGUUCGCCGGCACCGCAAGUGGUUUACACCGUCACUGAAGCUCCCGACUCGCAUGUCCAGGAACUACCCAAUAGUCCAACCUUUAAUGAGGAGCACAUCCUCACCACACCAAUGGUGCGGGAGCAGGAGCGAAAGCGCCAGCAACUGAAGGAGAAGAACAAGAAACGCCGCAUUGAGAUGGAUGGAACCAUCGUUGAUGAUGGUUCGCCCAAGACUCAGCGUACCCAAACCAAGGAGGAUGUCCAAGUGGUCCAACCUGUGCUAGUUAAGGCCGAGCCAGAGCAGAACUCGGGAUUGCUGGAGCUUAUCAAUCCUUCGAACAACGACCUGUACAAUGUGGACUUUAUCAGUCAGGAUAUGCCAACUGAUAUUUUUGAAGACGCUGACCUAUUGCCAUCUAAUGAGAAGGCUGCCAAGCUCGAUCAACAGCAAAAGUUUGGCCAGUCAACCGUCAGCAGUGGAAAGUUCUCCAACAGCUUUGAUGUGUCCUCUGGUAGCGCAUUGCUGGACGCCAAUCAGGCCUCCACAUCGAAGGCAGCCGCAGCUGCCAAGGCGGGAGCCAACGAUGAUGGAGCCAUGGCUGUUGCCAAGUACACUGGUGGCGAGAACGGCGGUGCUCGAGAACUCCUUAGGAUGAACUCAGUGUUAGUAGACAAGAAGCCCCUGGCGCCUACCGAUUUCAACAAUAAUGAAGACGCUAUUUCUUACGGUUACAGUGACGAAGUGAACGGCCAUUUGGACAAUGUGCAGGAUGAGUUGGACACUCUCAAGGAUCUGCUGCGUGGUGAUGGCGUUUCCAUCGAUCAAAACAUGCUGCUGGGUACGCUUGGCAGGACGCCCAUUGUGCAGCUGACCGAGGACGAGCUGUUAUUAAAGCUCUUCAACGACUCGGAUUUACUGGACAACUAUGGCCUCUCGUUUCCCAAUGACAGCAUGAGCAACGACAGGAAAGCUACCAGUGGCUCGGAGCUGAUGGCUUACCAGCCCAGUAUGUACGACCUUUCCGACAUUCUGGACACUGACGAUAGUAACAAGAAUUCGGAUGCGGAUAGGCGUCAGCUGCAGACCCAGACUUCGGUUCUAAAUACGCCACGCCGCGAGGUGUAAAUAGAUGGAUGUUAUGGCGACACUACUUGUUUUUAGUUUUUAAUCGAAGCAGUCUUGAUAGAAGAUAUUCUAUGCGUACGCUGUUCUAACCUUUAGUUGAUUCACAUCAUAUAAUCACACAAUAAUCAUAUAACGGAUGCUGUAUAUGCCUUAAGCACUAUAUAUAUGAUAUAUAGACUAACCAGUUCUUGUUGUAAAAAGACUCGAAACAUCAGUUAAUAUUUAGAUGUAUUUUUUAAUCGGGGAUUCGAGAGCCGAGGCUCAGGUAGAUGAUUUUUAGUUGGCACUAACCGAUCGAGAGCGAUAUCUAGGUCCUCCGAUCGUAUGCAAUAGAAAAUAUACUUUACACACUACUUUUAUUAAUUAACAAUAAAAUGUUUAAGCCGCCUUGAGCUGCUAAUGAAA